GCAUAUUAUUACCUCCUAGUGUGCACGAAGGAUUUACUAAUGAUACUUAGGCUUCGCAGCUGAGGUCUGUUAGUAUAGGUACUUCAAGUAUAUUCAUAGCAGGAUAUUCGCCGGGGCCGUGAAAUUGCUCCUAAAUCUAAACCUGUUUCGACAUGAGAGGGAAAUGUCAUAUGUUAUCACAUACUAGACUAUGAUGGUGGUCGUCUGUCUGUAUAUAACUGCAAAUCUGCUUAUUUUCAGCCCCUGAGUCUGUUGCUUGAACGUACGGCCCCAAUAGAAAUCAAACCAGUCUUUGCAAAAUAGAAUGCUUAUGAUUUUUAUACUUUUUUGUAUUACAAUAAUCGGUUAACAGAGCUCAGGAAAGUGAAUAUUUGAGAUCCUCAUCCGCAAGCAGCUUUUGCUUUACAACAUGUUGGCCAAGACUCUACGCCAUAAGGAUGCCCUGGGAAGAUACAAAUUAAUCAAAGACAAGCAUGAUGUUCAAGAGCAUUUCUUACGCCCAGAGGAUGGAAGAUUGGCUCCAUUAAUUGUGCAGGGCGUUGAGAACACAGUUGGCUAUAGCCAUGUGCCUACCGGGGGCAGAAACUGGGGCUUUAAAGGAGAACCGGCACGACGCAUCCCAGUUAUCAUGAGACUAGUUUGCUGGAUGUAUUCCUUCAUGUAUAAGGAUGGGAGCACCGAGAAACGAGAUAUGGCUGCGGAUGGGACUGAUUUUCUACUUUUUCUUGUUUGGUUGCCAUGUUGUCUCAUCCUAGCGUUGUUGCUCAUCAUACCACAGAGCCUCGAAGGCCAAUUUAGGAACCAGGGAUUCUAUGGCCCUAUUCUGUAUCGAGACUGGCGUUACCCGAGAGUAUCACGAAACCGCUACGAAGGGCAAAACAAGGAUGAAUUCGAAGAAGAGGAGAACGACCAGCAGAGACCUAGAGACAUAGAAGCAAGAGCAAUCUCUCGCCCGAUAACGACUGCACGUGAAAAACCUAGUGCAACUAGCGACGAUAGCGACGCAUUAUUACCCCGACACUUCGGACCUAGGUAUUUAUGCUUCGUUACAGAGGGCUAUGAACGGAGCGACGUCGAAUUCAAGACCUGCAAGGUAUCGGAUUGGAUUAGAGAUCAUGGAGAGCACGCAUAUAAUGGUUUCGUAUUCCUUUCGUAUACACGGCAUCAGUUCUGUGUAGAUUCCGAAGGAGAGAUCCACGAUCCGAAAAGGUGGACGGGCCUUUCUGAAGAGCAAAGAGAAGACCUUGUACCAAUAGCGAAGAGAGACCGGCAAGCUUUAUUAAGACAAGGAGUCGAGGCCGCCCGUUCAGCGAAUAGGGUGGCUUUUUGGGUAGACUUUGAGUGUAUUCGUGAUGCCGAUACUCAGUCAGGGGCUACUGGAGAGAACAGAGCUAACAGCAAGAGCGACGAUGUGUACCGAAUUUGCGAUAUUGUCCGAGCAGCACAUUCGAUGGUUAUCCUCGUCGGACCCUCUCUCGAAAGUAAAAUUCAAGGCACACCAGAGACAUACAGUGAGGCCAUCACGAUAAAGUGGCUACAGGCAUAUGGGAAUCGUCUUUGGACCCUUCCGGAAAUUUUACUAUGUCCAUCUGAGUUCCGGAUCAAGUUGUACUUUUACGGCAAACCUGGGUUACCAGAAGAGUUAGCCAAACGCGACUUUCCAUCCCGGGCGGUGUGGAAAGACGCUGAUCGUGUGAGGGAGCUCGUUGACCAUUUCGAAUCAACAAUUCAUCUAUCCCCCUUAGAAUUAGUUAGCAUCGGUCUGGAAUGUUUAGCGGAACGGAAUACGCAGAAAUUCAGGGAGGGCGAUAUCGCAUAUGCUCUCAUGGGGCUUCUGCGCCGAAGACCAAUAACUAAUGAUAAGGAUUCCAGCUUUGAGGCAUUCGCCAGGUUAUCCCUAGCUAACGUCAAUGAUUCACUACUGGAACGACUCAUAUGCAUGCAGCCACUUCGUCGAAAUGCUCCGUGGUACCAGAUCGAAGAUGCCUUUGGAGUACGACUCUGGGAUAUCGAACCGCGGUGUCAAGUUGCUGGUAUUGUCGACGACCAGUCUGUUACAUUAGAUGGCGCGGUUGGAGCCUCGAUUCAGUGGGAUAGUAUGGAUCAGGUUGCCUUCUUCAAGAGACCGACAACCGCUCGCACCUUCGCGAAGGUAGUGCUUCGUAUAAUGCCAGCUUACCUGUUCGGUGGUGUCUUGAUGGUAGCAAUUGUCGCUGCUACACUUUCGCAAAUGCAGUCAUCAUCUUACACCGGCGUUAGUUUAGAUGAGCUGGGAGUGGGUAUGCAAGUCACCCUUGCUAUAGGAAUCGUCUUUCUCGUGCCGGGAGCAGUUGUCUUCUUUCUUGCCCCAUACAUGAUCUUUGAGCUCUACCGCGGCGAGUUUUGGUCUACCCAGGCCAUGUUCAUUGGUAUCGAGGGUGUCCCAGCCAACCUAGGCUGGGUUGAACGUAACCUCUUCGGCUUGAACCAGGGACGGUUGAAGUGGAGUGUCGCAGGAAGCACGUUAUCGCAACACAAACUCUCGGCGUAUGAUGAGUGCGAGGCUCUCCCGCCAAAAGAGAGCACCCCUGCAUCGAGUCUCACAAAUAGACACAAGAUGAAUUACACCAAUGGGGAGGAGAGGCCAUUUACGCUGAUCGAUACAUACACGCGUACAGCGACAGUGUUUUAUGCAGUACGACCACCCACCGCUCUUAUAGUGUGCGGACAAGAAGGGGGGAUGCAGCGAGCAGUGCUUUGCUCGUAUGACUGGCAGAGAGGCACAUUUUCACGGGAGGCUGUGGUGCGGGUGAAGACGAUUGUGCUGGAGAGGAUGUUUAGGGUUGACCGCUUCCGAUUUGCCCUUAACCGAAAAAUAUGGGAGAAGAGUCCAGAAUCGUUACACUCAAAGUCAGAGACUGGCUCGAGCGACGGGCAGCGGAGAGGGUUCCUAGAGGACCAAUGCGAUGCUAAUUAGGUGAAUUGUAUUUGAGAAUAGGGAGGAGAUCGAGUUGGUAAAUUGGUGAGUUGGCAUAAGAGGUAGGCUGAGUUAUUCAAAUAAUCCUGGGCUUGUAUUUGGUAGGUUAGGUUAGAUACAUCCUAAAGGUACAUGCAUGCUAUUGGAUUUGAAGUCUUAGAGCCGUAAUCUUAUGCAUUUAGGUACCAAAUCACACCUAUUAAUGGAACGCUGCCAGCAAGAGCUUAUGAUCACGUGUUACAUGG